AUGACCACCACGGAGAGCCGUAUUGCAGGACUUUUGUCUGUUCUCUCCGAGAGCGAGGAUGCUGUUCACUGCCCACUCUCUGUCUUUGCACGUAGCCUGCGGGAGGCAUCGUGGCCGCAGCAGCUACAACAACAUGCUUCAAUGAAUGGUCCGGUAGGCGGUGGUAGGUUAAUGGAUUUAAGCGACGUGUUGGCAGAGCGUUCACUGGCACUACUGCGGGAGGAAGAGGCGAUCCUGCGUGACAAGGAAGUGGUGCGGGUGGCGUACGACAAGCUGCGUGCUGAGUUGGCCCGUGCUGAGGCGCAGCUUCAGAGCUACGAGCAGCGCGCGCAGGAGGUGGCACAACAGAAGUCUUUUUGCAAAUUGGCGAUGAACCUGUUGGUGACGGGUGAUGUGCCAGAGUUUUACGCGCCGGAUGCGGGGCAUGUUGUGGGCGCACCCCGGGAAGACAUUGACACCACAAACAACAACGUCGCCAAUACAUCUGUGGACGGCGCGGUGGCGGCGCCGGAGGUGGCACCGAUGAGCUCAACGUCGCCGAAGCGCCCACGUCCAAGCUCCACAACGCAGAAACGGCACCUUGAAGUAGAGCCACAACAACAACACAGUGCCGGUGAAAACGGCAUGUAUAGGAGGGGUUGUGAGCAGUCGGUAUCAAAGGAGAAGGACGAGAACCCGGAUCUUUUUGUUGAAAGUGGGAAAGGUCAGCAAUUGUCCACGCUGGGAAGGGCUACUUCACGUACGCAUGGGGGCAGUGGUUCAAGCCCAACAGGUAGUGCACUUCUUGCGAUGUUGCGUUUGCCCGAUGUGAAGGAAAUGACACUUUUGCACGCGAUUGAGAGUUACGAUGAAUAUCAUUUUGGGAAGUCCAUGGUGUGGACUAAUAAAAAGCGGGAUGAAUUGCUACCAGUCCUUCUUGGUCUAUUGAGGCACCUGCCGUUACAGCGUCCACCCACUCAGUUAGCAGAGCUACACCUUCUUGGACAUUUUUUCCGUUUCCCGUAUGCCGCGCUGGCUGCAUCAGAACCCGCUCUUUUCUCCUCGCUGACGUCAGUAUCCUUGCCGGAGCCUAUGGUGAAUUUUAUUCUGCGCGCUUUGCUAAGCGAAGGUCAGGCUGUAACGAUACUCACGCGGCUACUUCAAAGCGUUAACAAUGAUGUUAAGUGCGAAGUAUUAGAGUGUCUUUUGCCAAUUAUUAUGAUUAGUUGUAACGAUGUGAAUAAUACUGCUAGCGGUAGUGGGCAUGCUUCUGAAAAUAAAGGGGCGUUACCAGACGCACGAAAAGAAUUUAUUACAUGCGGUGGUUUGCAGCCGCUUUUAAGUAUUGUAGCCUCCUGCACCUCAGAGGCAGUGUUAGAGCGGGCACUUGUGCUUCUGUGGAAUCUUAUUGCCCGCAACGUAGACGAGGAAAAGGUGCGUGAUGAGGUACGACGCCUUGGUGGGUUACGUGCUGUGCUGGAUCUCCUGUACACAGAUUCUAUUCCUAUUCUAGAGAAUGCGGCGAUGACGAUUGGUUACAUAACACGUGACGAGGCAUCCAAGGUGGAAAUUCGUGAAUCAGGUGGAUUGGAGAAAAUUACUGCAACGUUGCGUCAUCCCUAUGAAUCUAUUCAAACAAAAAUGGCAGGAGCUAUUUGGAAUUGUGCUAGCAAUGCUGAAAAUCGAACGUAUCUACGGCACAUUGGAUGCAUUCCAGCUCUCUUGGAGCUAGUCAGUUCACCAUACGAGUUUGUGCAAGAAAAUGCGGCAGGGGCUCUUUGGAAUCUUAGUGUGGAUCCUGAGAAUAAGGCACAAAUCGUUGAGUAUGGUGGUAUUGUAGAACUUGCUCAGCUUAUUGCCAAGAGCUCUAGUGUGACUGUUGUGGAAAAUGCCUCUGGUACAUUGUGGAACUGUAGCGCCGCUGUUGAAUCACGGCCCGCUAUCCGUAAGGCUGCGGCCAUACCAGUGUUGCUCUCCGUAAUGAAUCGGAAGUUGCCUCCCUCAACGCAGCCAAAAGGAGUUGCGAUGGGGAAGAAAGUAUCGGUGCCUCUCCCUAUAAGUGACAAAAUUCUGGAUAAUGUGGCCGGUACCCUUCGCAACUGUGCUAUUAAUGAUCAAAACAAGCCGGCAAUUCGUGAGGCGGGUGGUGUGGAGUUGCUGCUUAGCAAGCUUGAACUGGGUAUAUUGAAAAACCCAGCAUCUAUUCCAAUGCCGACAUUGGACAAGAUGGCGUCUACGCUAUGGAUUUUAACCAUUUCUCCAGAGAUAAAGCAUAGUGUUCGCCUCAGUGGUGGCAUUCCGAUGCUAGCAAAAAUACUUGAAAUGACUUCUGUCACCGCCGCAAAGAAAAACCAUACUAAAGUUGUUGUGCAAUUAACCUUGGGUGUAAAAGAAAAGAUUGUGGGUUUAUUGCGUAAUUGCUCUACUGUACAGGAAAACCGACAAGUGAUGGUGAGUGCAGGGGUUGUACGAGCUUUGGUCUACGCUGUAGAGGAUUGCUACCUUGCCGGAAAUGCCAAUCCUAAUGCAAGCAGCGUAUCCUCCUCCCAACAGCUUUUACCAUCGCUACAGAUGAAGGAAACCGUGGCGUCUGCGCUUUGGUACCUUUCACGUGAUGACAAGGUUGCACCCCGCGAGGAAGGUGGCCUUGAACUUCUUUGUCGUCUUCUGCUUGAGCCAGACCAGCCGUCUGCGGUACUCGAGCAGGCUGCUGGAGCAAUAUCCUCCUUGACAGUGAACAAUCAGGAAAAUCGGACCAAGCUGCGGGAGUUUGGAGGGUUGGAUGCACUUUUACGUCUGAUAGAAGAGAGGACACCCCUGGCGUUUUCACAGCAAGGAAGAAGCGGUGGUGAUACUAAGGACAGUUCGGCAGCAAUAUCAACCACCGCAAAGGGCACCAACAGUGGCACUGGCAAGACGGAGAAUACGGUAUCAAACACGUAUGCUGUUUUAAAUGCACUUCUGGCAAUUCGAAAUAGCACAUCUUCAAAUGAAGAGAACCUUCGUUAUGUGGCGGAGUGGCGAUACAACCGCGAGGGUGAAGCGGCCUUUUCACCGGCAACUUCGUUUACGGGAUGGCUUUUGUACAUUAUCCAACAUGGGUCUGAGGACUGCGCAAGGGAGGCAGCGCUUUGUGUGAAAAACCUCUGUGGUCACGCCAAAUCAUUAGAGUCAUUGCUGCAGCAAGAUGCAGUGGAGUUAAUUGGUGGUCUUGCAGAGCGUGGCUUUUCAGACUCUGUGCGUCGCGCGGCCGCAAUGACGUUGCACUCCCUCGCGCGAGCCCAGCGGCGAUAA